AGCAUGACGGGAAUUGUAGUCCAGGGGCAUCCCCGGACUGUUUUAGGGUGACGCCUUCUGGUCCGGGGGCGGUCUGGGCUCAAUCGGCUGGUCCUCAGAAGGAGGAGAAAUGAACGACGGGGAGGCGGCUCUAGCGAAGCCUGGAAGGCUGGGCUGUGUGGUAGGAAAGGGGUCUAAAUGUGGGGCUGCGAAGAAGCGCGAGUUCUAAGCCGCUUGGGUCUCGACCGCUCUGGGACCGAGGCUGGAACUGGCCAGACCUUAGCCUGGAGGCCUCGCCUCUCUCGGGCCUCAUUUCCUAGGGUCGGCUAGGCCCCAGCAGUCUCCUUUGCCUGCUUGCGUUCCCUCCGGAUUCCCGCCUGAUUUCCUGGUCGCUAGGAGAUGGCCUCUCCGAGUCCCCCGCCGAAGGUAAAGGAGGAAUGGGAUUACCUGGAUAUGGCCCAGAGAAGCCUGUACAAGGAUGUCAUAAUGGAGAAUUAUGGGAACCUAGUCUCCUUGGACUGCCAUGGUGUCUCUGAAUUACUGCUAGCUUUAUCCAUACAUAUGGUAUCCUGGUUGAUAGAAUUAGGCAAAUACCUACCAUUGCCUGUCCCUGCUGCAAAAUAUGUUUUGAACAGAGAUAAGGAUAAGGAACCAACUGUGAAACAAGAAAUUGAGGAAACUGAGGAAGAAGUUGAACCACAGGGUGUAAUACUUACAAGAAUUAAAAGUGAAAUGGACCAAGAUCCCAUGGGUAGAGAAACCUUUGAACUUGUUGGUAGGUUAGAUAAACAGAGAGGAAUCUUUCUAUGGGAAUUACCAAGGGAAUCUUUGGCACAAGAACAGAGAACAUUCAGAGGAAAUACUAACAUUCGUAAGAGACCAAAGUCAGAAGAGAAAUGUCAUAAAUGUGAAGAGUGUGGAAAGGGUUUUGUCCGCAAGGCCCAUUUUAUUCAACAUCAAAGGGUCCAUACUGGUGAGAAGCCUUUUCAAUGCAAGGAAUGUGGGAAAAGUUUUAGUCGAAGUUCAUUUGUUAUUGAACAUCAGAGAAUUCACACUGGAGAAAGACCUUAUGAAUGUAAUUAUUGUGGGAAAACAUUUAGUGUAAGUUCAACUCUUAUUAGGCAUCAGAGAAUCCACACUGGAGAAAGACCCUAUCAAUGUAAUCAGUGUAAACAGAGCUUCAGUCAGAGAAGGAGCCUUGUUAAACAUCAGCAGAUUCACACAGGUGAAAAACCCCAUAAAUGUAGUGAUUGUGGAAAAGCCUUCAGUUGGAAGUCACACCUUAUUGAACAUCAGAGAACACACACUGGUGAGAAACCUUAUCAUUGUACCAAAUGUAAAAAAAGCUUUAGUCGCAACUCUUUACUUGUUGAACAUCAGAGAAUUCACACUGGAGAAAGACCGCAUAAAUGUGGUGAAUGCGGAAAAGCAUUUAGAUUAAGUACAUACCUUAUACAGCACCAAAAAAUCCACACUGGUGAGAAACCUUUUCUUUGUAUUGAGUGUGGGAAAAGCUUUAGUAGAAGUUCAUUCCUUAUUGAACAUCAGAGAAUUCAUACAGGUGAAAGACCUUAUCAGUGUAAAGUGUGUGGGAAAAGCUUCAGCCAACUUUGCAACCUUACUCGUCAUCAACGAAUUCACACAGGAGACAAACCCCAUAAAUGUGAAGAAUGUGGGAAAGCCUUUAGUAGAAGUUCAGGUCUGAUUCAGCAUCAGAGAAUCCAUACCAGAGAGAAGACUUACUCAUACAAUGAAACUAAGGAAAGUGUUGACCCAAAUUCUAGUCUUAUUAUACAGCAGGAAGCCUACCCUAAAGAAAAAUCUUACAAGUGUGAGGAGUGUGGGAAAACAUUUAGUGUAAGUGCUCAUCUUGUACAACAUCAGAGAAUACACACUGGUGAAAAGCCCUAUCUUUGUACUGUAUGUGGGAAAAGCUUCAGUCGGAGCUCAUUUCUUAUUGAACAUCAGAGAAUUCACACUGGUGAGAGACCCUAUUUGUGCAGGCAGUGUGGUAAAAGCUUUAGUCAACUUUGCAAUCUUAUUCGACAUCAGGGUGUGCACACAGGUAAUAAACCCCAUAAAUGUGAUGAAUGUGGGAAGGCCUUUAGCCGAAAUUCAGGCCUUAUUCAGCAUCAGAGAAUACACACCGGAGAGAAACCAUAUAAGUGUGAGAAAUGUGACAAAAGUUUUAGUCAACAGCGCAGUCUUGUCAACCAUCAGAAAAUCCAUGCAGAGGUGAAAACUCAAGAAAUUCAUGAAUGUGAUGCUUGUGGUGAAGCCUUCAAGUGCCACAUAUCCCUUCUUCAGCAUCAAAAAUUACAUACUACAUGGAUGCAGUAAAUAUAGAGGUAUAUAUAAGUUCAGUUUGACUUGAAUCUAGCUACCUAAGUGCAGUUUCAGUCUGACUCAACAAGUUAUAAUAGAGCACAUUCUCUAUGACUCCAGCAAAUAGGUUCUAACCUAUUUAUUGUAGGCAGCUUCCCAUAGGCAAUGGAAUGUUUAUAAUACUCAUGUUGUGAUGAUCAUAGAGAAAGUUAUUGAAUUACUUCAGAAUCUAACAUUUUCAGCAGAGCAAUUAAACUAAGGUUCACAGCAUUCUGUUAUAUUUAACAGGGGACAGAGUUACAGUAGAACAAGGAAGCUAGAAACAAUAGAAUUAAUCAAAGAGUCCUAGCAUAUGGUAGGUUCUUUCAGCUUUGUGAAAUGUUUGGCUGUGACUGCCAAAUUAGGCGAUUAACCAUUUGAUUAAGUUUUUGAGGAAACAAGACCCAACUGUUUUAUAACUGGUAUCCAAAGUUUUUGUCAUGUUUAAUUUCUGAGAGCCAGUUGCUAGACUUGUGAGUGAAAUAAUGACAUUUUUUGGUGCCUUGUGGUUCAUGGAUCUGUGAAAUUAGAGGACCACUAAUUGUACAUGUAAAAGUCAUGUGAGUCCUUAAGUCUAGUAGAUAUUUCCAAGAUACCUUUGGGAGAGUGCCCUUUUUUAUUACAAACUAAGAUGGAUCCCAAAAGGUAGCAGAAGACACUUUAUUUUGUG